AUGGCGAACCGCACGCCGCGCCGGCAGUUCCACCUCAAUAACAGAGACAUGAAGCAGUCCGUCAUUCUGUACCCCAGCGCCGGAAUCGGCCACGUCAUCCCGAUGGCGGAGCUCGCCAAGGUCUUCAUCAACCACGGCUUCGACGUCACCAUGGUGAUUGUCCCUCCGUUCUCCGGCCAGUUUAAGCGGGUCGCCGCGGCCACUCCUUCCAUCUCUUUCCAUGUCCUCCCGCCGGACGUCCCACCACCUUCCAUGUCCUCCCGCCGGACGUCCCACCACCUGACGACGUCGCCGGCUCCGGCUCCGGCAAGCACCGUUACUCUUCAUGCUGAAGACCCUGCGACGCACUUGCACUCGCUGGUCAUCGACAUGUUCUGCGCCGAUGCCAUCGACGUCGCCGCGAGGCUGGGUGUCCCCGUCUACACGUUUGCCCUGUCCAGCGCUUCGGCUCUGGCCGUGUUAACCCAGAUCCCCGCGCUUCUGGCCACUAGCCAGACGGGUCUGAAGGAGCUCGGGGACAGGCCCCUCGAGUUCCUCGGCGUUCCGCCCAUGCCGGCAUCUCACCUGAUCGCAGAGCUGCUGGAACACCCGGAGGAAGAGCUUUGUAAAACCAUGGCGAGCAUCUUUCGGCGCGGCAUGGACACCAGGGGAGUUCUGGUGAACACUUUUCAGUCACUGGAAAUCCGGGCGUUGCAGGCGCUCAGUGAUCCCCAGUGUGUCCUGGGCAAGGUGCUGCCUCCGAUCUACUGCGUCGGGCCUUUAGUCGGCAAUAGCGCACGGGAUCCUCGUGCACGAGCUGAUGAGAGGCAUGAGUGCCUCAGAUGGCUGGACGCUCAGCCGGAGCGCAGCGUUGUGUUCCUAUGCUUUGGGAGCAUGGGUGUAUUCUCGCAGGAGCAGCUCAAGGAGAUUGCCACUGGGCUGGACAUGUCCGGGCACCGGUUCCUGUGGGUCGUGCGCAGGCCGGCAAGCAGUAUCUAUGACCCCAAGAGGUUCCUGGGGCAACAACCUAAGCUGGACCUCGAUGCUGUGCUACCAGAGGGAUUCUUGGAGCGGGCAAGGGGCCGAGGUCUUGUGGUCAGAUCGUGGGCACCGCAGGUAGAGGUUCUCCAGCACCCUGCGACUGGUUCGUUCGCGACCCACUGUGGGUGGAACUCGAUGUUGGAGGGCGUCAUGGCUGGAGUCCCAAUGUUGUGUUGGCAGUUGUACGCGGAGCAGAAGAUGAACAAGGUAUUCAUGACCCAGGAUAUGGGUGUUGGGGUGGAGAUGGAGGGGUACCAAACGGGUUUUGUAAAGGCCGAGGUCGUAGAGGGCAAGGUAGGGCUGGUGAUUACGCAAAUCUUUUGCGUAUUCAAGAAAAAAAAGGCUGGUGAUGGAAUCUGA